UGAGCUCCGGUAGGGUUUUACACUUUCACCUCUGCACGGCGGCGAGCAGCGGCGGCGAGCGCACCGACACCAGUCGAGCGAACCCACCACCAACCGACCAUGGCGCCUCCGAGCCGCUCGUCCCCGAAGCCCAAGCCCAAGCCGAGGGGCCUCGGGAGGAAGGGGGGCGGCGCCCUCCCGCCGGCCUCGCGCGCGGAGGCGGCGGCGGCGCGGCGCUCGGCGAGGGAGUGGGAGCUGUGGAGCGCGUGGGCUCUGAACGCGGCGAAGGUGGUCGCGCACUACGGCUUCGUCCCGCUCGUCGUCGCCGUCGGCGUCCUCAAGUCCGACCCCAGGCCCUCCCUCUUCCAGCUCCUCACCCCGUUCUGAUCCCCGUUGAUCAGGGUAGGGCGGACCGAUGGUUGUUGCACAUGUGGGUUGGCCGGCUAGCGUGUGUUUUGGAGGUGGAAAUGGUGGUGUCCGUGGUAGAUUAAUUCAGUAACUUGUUAUUAUCAUCAUCUGUUAUGCUGGUACUUCUGCACUGAUAUUUCGCUGGAACCAGAACCUGGAUGGUCGCAUGAUUUAGAUGAUGAAUGAAUGGGUGGUGUGAUUGAUAUCAA